GGUUGGUUGCUAGUUGCCGUGGGAGCCUGGGAGACUAUGCAUCAGUGUAAGCGAUACCGCUCCCCCGAGCCAGACCCGUACCUGAGCUACCGAUGGAAGAGGAGGAGGUCCUACAGUCGGGAGCACGAAGGGAGCCUGCGAUACCCAUCUCGAUGGGAGCCUCCACCCUGGAGAUCUCGGUCCAGAAGCCAUGACCGCUUACCCUACCAGAGGCGGUACCUGGAGCGCCGUGAUAGCGCCGCAUACCGAUGUGAGGAGCGGAGCCCAUUCUUUGGAGAGGACUACUAUGGAUCUUCACGGUCCCAUCAACUUCGACGGUCCCGGGAUAGAGAGCCGUACCGGACUCGCAAACGUGCCCACCAUUGCCAUUGCCACAGACGCCGGCCCAGGUCUGGUAGCAGUGCCUCCUCUAGAAGCCAACAGAGCAGUAAGUGCAGCAGCCGGAGCGUGGAAGAUGACGAGGAGGGCCACCUGUUGUGCCGGGUGGGCGAUUGGCUCCAAGAGCGAUAUGAGAUUGUGGGGGACCUGGGCAAAGGCACCUUUGGCAAGGUGGUGGAGUGCUUGGACCACGCCAGAGGGAAGUCUCAGGUUGCCCUGAAGAUCAUUCGCAACGUGGACAAGUACCGGAAGGCUGCCCGACUAGAAAUCAAUGUUCUUCAAAAAAUCAAGGAAAAGGACCAAGAGAACCAGUCCAUCCUGGGCAAGAACACCUUUGAGUUCCUGAAGGAGAAUAAUUUCCAGCCUUACCCCCUACCACAUGUCCGGCACAUGGCCUACCAGCUCUGCCACGCCCUGAGAUUUCUACAUGAGAACCGACUGACCCACACAGACUUAAAGCCAGAGAACAUCCUGUUUGUCAAUUCUGAGUUUGAAACGCUCUACAAUGAUCACACGAGCUGUGAGGAGAGGUCAGUGAAGGACACCAGCAUCCGAGUUGCUGACUUCGGCAGUGCUACCUUUGACCAUGAGCAUCACACAACCAUUGUGGCCACUCGUUAUUACCGCCCACCGGAGGUGAUCCUUGAGCUGGGCUGGGCACAGCCCUGUGACGUCUGGAGCCUCGGCUGCAUUCUCUUCGAGUACUACCAGGGCUUCCCACUUUUCCAGACCCACGAAGACCCAGAGCAUUUGCUGAUGAUGGAGAAGAUCCUAGGGCCCAUCCCAUCACACAUGAUCCACCGUACCAGGAAGCAGAAAUAUUUUUACAAAGGGGCCCUGGUUUGGGAUGAGCACAGCUCUGAUGGCCGGUAUGUGAUGGAGAACUACAAACCUCUGAAGAGUUACAUGCUCCAAGACUCCGUGGCGCACGUGCAGCUGUUUGACCUGAUGAGGAGGAUGUUAGAGUUUGACCCUGCCCAGCGCAUCACACUGGCGGAGGCCCUGCUGCACCCCUUCUUUGCUGGCCUGACCCCUGAGGAGCGGUCCUUCCACACCAGCCGCAACCCCAGCAGAUGACAGGCACAGGCCACUACAUGAGGAGAUGGAACUGGGCUGCCUGGCCCUCUUUCUCCAACUUCUAACCACCGGGCCCCAGGGCCAGAGCCACCCAAUGAACAGUGCAAUGUGAAGGAAGGCAGGUGCCUGCAAGGGCGGAGACAUGCCCAGCUACCGGAAAGCACAGAUUUGACCCAAGCUAUGUACAUGUUGUAAAGUUAUAAUAAAGUGUUUCUUACUACUUG